AUGAUAAUUCAAGGAACAGCUGGAACAAGUAAAUCAUAUCUGAUUCAUGCAAUUCGUCAAACUCUUAAUGAUGCAUCAGGAUCACAAUGUUCUCCCUUAUUAUUACUAGCACCAACUGGAGUUGCAGCAUUUAACAUUGGUGCAUCAACAAUUCAUUCAACUCUACGAAUACCUAUUGCAGAUUUUGCUGAAUUAGAAGGCACAAGACUCACAAGUCUCCAAGAAGAAAUUCAACAUAUUAAAUAUAUAUUGAUUGACGAAAUGAGUUUUAUUGGACAAAAUUUGUUACAAAAUAUUGAUUCAAGACUACGUCAAGCUUUUCCUGAAAAAUCAAACAUGAGUUUUGGUGGAAGAUCAAUCAUUUUGGUAGGAGAUUUGGGACAACUACCUCCUGUUAGUGACAAACCACCUUAUGAUAGCAAUGUGCGUGCAAAAUUAUUAUGGCAAGAGUUUAAGACAGUUGUUACUUUGGAUAAGGUGUUUAGACAAGAUGGAGAAACUGAAGACCAACAAAGGUUUCACCAAUUACUCACAAAUAUUAGAGAUGCACAUCCAACUAUAGAUGAUUGGAAAUUAUUGAUGACAAGAACAGAUGCUUCAUUACAUCCAACAAUUAAGGAGGAGUUUGAUAAUAAUAUUCAUCUAUUUGCAACAAAUGACAAUGUGCAUAACCAUAAUAGAAAAAAGUUAUAUGCAUUAAGAAGACCAAUAGCCCGAAGCAUUGCAAGUAAAGAAGGUAGUACUAAUCCAGCAGGAGGUCAAAAUGAUGAGUUAGAUGUUGAAUUAUUAAUUUCUAAGGAUGCAAGGGUCAUGUUAACAUCUAAUUUAUGGAUAGAAGCGGGUCUUGUGAAUGGAGCUUUAGGAUACAUCCGAAAUAUCAUAUACAAACUUGGAUGUGCCCCACCAGAUCCACCAACAUAUGUUAUGGUUGAAUUUGACAAUUAUUCUGGACUUCCUUUUGAAGAUGCAUCUCCUAAUUUGAUUCCUAUUUCACCAAUACAAAGGGGCCGUACACGUCAAUUUCCACUACGAUUGGCUUGGGCACUAACAAUCCAUAAAUCACAAGGAUUGACUCUUUCAAAGGCAACAAUUGACAUAGGACCAAGAGAAAGGUCAGGAUUAACAUUUGUUGCUAUAUCACGUGUUAAGGCCUUGGAUGGAAUUAGAAUCUCACCACCAUUUUCAUAUGAUCGUUAUGAAAAAAUGAAGACAGGAAAGCAACUCACCAAAAGGAAAGCAGAGGAAGAAAGACUCAAAUCUUUGGAAACAUAA